CCAACGCGCAGGCGCGGACCUCAUGCUGAGCGCUGUGCGUCGCGCCGCGGUCCGAGGCGGCCUCAGCUGCACUCUUGGUCCCCGAGUGCCCGAGGCUCGCGCCGCCGCCAUGUCCCGGCCGCUGUCGUCGCCGCGAGCCUCCUCGGAGGCCCCGGUCCGGCCUGCCACAGUGCUGGGCACCAUGGAGAUGGGGCGCCGUAUGGACGCUUCAGCCAGCGCCGCGGCCGUGCGCGCCUUCCUGGAGCGCGGCCACACGGAGCUGGACACGGCCUUCAUGUACAGCGACGGCCAGUCCGAGAGCAUCCUGGGCGGCCUGGGCCUCGGGCUGGGCGGCGGCGACUGCAGAGUGAGAAUUGCCACCAAGGCCAAUCCCUGGGAUGGGAAGUCGCUGAAGCCGGACAGUCUCCGGGCCCAGCUGGAGACAUCACUGAAGCGGCUGCAGUGCUCCAAGGUGGACCUCUUCUACCUCCACGCCCCUGACCAUGACACCCCUGUGGAAGAGACGCUGCGUGCCUGCCACCAGCUGCAGCAGGAGGGCAAGUUUGUGGAGCUUGGCCUCUCCAACUAUGCCGCCUGGGAGGUGGCUGAGAUCUGUACCCUCUGCAGGAGCAACGGCUGGACCCUGCCCACCGUGUACCAGGGCAUGUACAACGCCACCACCCGGCAGGUGGAAACGGAGCUGUUCCCCUGCCUCAGGCACUUCGGAUUGAGGUUCUAUGCCUACAACCCUCUGGCUGGGGGCCUGCUGACCGGCAAGUACAAGUACGAGGACAAGGACGGGAAACAACCCGUGGGCCGCUUCUUCGGGAAUAACUGGGCUGAGGCCUACCGGAAUCGCUUCUGGAAGGAGCACCACUUCGAGGCCAUUGCCCUAGUGGAGAAGGCCCUGCAGGCCGCGUACGGCAGCGGCGCCCCCAGCAUGACCUCAGCCGCCCUCCGGUGGAUGUACCACCACUCCCUGCUCCAGGGUGCCCACGGGGACGCGGUCAUCCUGGGCAUGUCCAGCCUGGAGCAGCUGGCACAGAACUUGGCGGCGACUGAGGAAGGGCCCCUGGAGCCCGCCGUCCUGCAGGCCUUUGAGCGAGCCUGGGACCUGGUCGCCCACGAAUGUCCCAACUACUUCCGCUAGGCCGCCGGCUGGAUCGAGCCGCCAGAGGUUUCCCUCUUUUCCGUCACGUCUCCUGGUCUCUCGUCCUGACCGGUCUGCCUUAAGUCGAUUUGGUGCGGUCUUCUUGAUUGUCUGGAUCAAUGCCUUCUUUUUCUAGAUUCCCACCUGGCUCCUCGUUGCCUUCAGAAUGGGCAGAGGCUGGGGCUGGGGCCCGCUUGGGAAGGUCCUGUCUGAAUAAAGCAGCCGCUUGACCUGGCUGUAGCCCAGGCCUUGAGUCAA